AUACUCACGCAGUACCACAACAACAGCGGACAAAGAAGUUGGCUAUUGGUCAAAUUAUUAAUACAUACUUAUCGGAAACAUGACGUAGACGCAUUUUACUGGAAGAAAUUAAUAUAACUGCUUAAAAGGACACUAAAGUUAUGGAUUUAGCAAUAAUUAAAAUGAUUAGUAUAUUAUUUAUUCAAUUAUUCUUUACAGUUAUGUGCGAAGGCAAUACUGAAGAAUUCGUAUGUCCAGAAGCUGGAGGAAAUGGUAACUAUGCUGAUCCGGCAACAUGUCGUCGAUUUUAUCAGUGUGUAGACAAUCAUCCAUAUUUAAACCGUUGUCCAGCGGGUCUAUACUUUGACGAUAUAAACAAGUUGUGUACUUUUGAAAAUGAAGCUCGUUGCGGACCUCUUCCUAUUACUGAAGCUCCUAGUACUGAAAAUCCGAUUGAUUUAGCACAAAAAUGUGACACCAGUCAGUGUACAUUACCUUACUGCUUUUGCUCUCGGGAUGGUACUAUAAUUCCAGGAGGAAUAGAUCCUAAAGACACUCCGCAAAUGAUAUUACUAACUUUUGAUGGAGCAGUUAAUCAAAAUAAUUAUGAUCACUACCAAAAGGUGUUUUCACACAAUAAAAAAAAUCCUAAUGGAUGUUUAAUUAAAGGUACCUUCUUUAUAUCUCAUGAGUAUUGUGAUUAUAACAUGGUUCAAGAUUUAGCACAUAACGGUCAUGAAAUUGGCACUGAAACUAUAUCAUUACAAAAAGGCUUAGAAAAUAAAGGUUAUGAAGAAUGGGUAGCUGAGAUGAUUGGAAUGCGUGAGAUCCUUGUUAAUUUUGCCAAUUUAUCCAGGAGUGAUAUCGUAGGAAUGAGAGCUCCAUUUUUAAAACCGGGUCGAAACACUCAAUACGAAGUAAUCGAAGAUUAUGGUUUUGUUUAUGAUAGUUCAAUCGGAAUACCUCCAUCUAGAGUACCAAUUUGGCCAUAUUCAUUAGACUAUAAAAUCCCACAUGAAUGCAAAUCAGGAACAUGUCCGACUAAAUCGUUCAAAGGUACAUGGCAAGUACCAUUAAAUGCACAUUAUGUUGAGACCUACGAAGGCGGUCACUGUCCAUAUUUAGACCAAUGUGUACUCCAUAAUCAUGAUGCUACAGAAGUUUUUGAAUGGCUUCGUGAAGAUUUUAACCGGUAUUACACACAAAACCGUGCACCAUACAUGAUGCCUUUCCAUACUAACUGGUUCCAAAUAAAAGAGUUAGAGAACGGCUUACACAAAUUCAUUGAUUGGGCCAAUAAACAACCAGAUGUAUGGUUUGUUACCAUCACACAAGCAUUAACUUGGAUGACUGAGCCGAAGAGCGUAAAAGAAUUAUUAUCUUAUGAACCAUGGAAAUGUGAUAAGACUGAUCAGCUGCCAUCGCCACCUUGUAAUUUACCCAAUAAAUGUCCAUUAUCUUUUAAACAACCAGAAUCAGGAAUUUCUGUAAUUAGGUAUUUAUCAACUUGCAAACAGUGUCCAGCCAAAUAUCCUUGGCUCGGUGACUCAAAAGGAACAGGAAAUGCUGGAGCAGAUGUUUAUACUCCUGAAACUCUAAGAAAAUAAUUCAAUAUUUGUUUUUUUAACAUAAUAUUUAUUUUUUAUAAUUCAUAAUUUGUAACUUCAUUUUAUAUAAUAAAAAUUUGAAUUUUAUGAACAUAAUA